GCUGAAGCACAAGCAUUAUCUUGUAGUACUUGUACACAUCUGCUUUUGUUACGAUGACUAAUCUAGUUCCGAUCCGGAAAAGGAAUCAUAUUUACGUUUUUCCUGUCAGUAUAACUUAACAGCAAUACCACCUUGGUAUAUUUGUUAGAAAAUCCGUCUUUGUGGGGAAUGUGAGGUGCGGCUAUUGGACAGAGGUCUAUUUAUAGACGGUGGCAUCAUUUGCUGAGACAUGGAUAUCGAACGUGAUGCCGACGCUUCCACGGAAGACAAGUACUUGGAAACAGAAAAAGAUCGCUUCAAAAGGAACUCGUAUCGCGUGUCAAUCGGCCUGAUUCACCUGGUCAUCGUGGUGUGCUUCCUGCUAUCCCACAUUCCCUUGUUCGUGGGGAACUGGGCGACAGGCCACCUGGCGUGAACAGAACGGUAUUUCGAAAGAAGACAUUUACCUGGUGAUGACCCGUGCCGCCGACAUAGACUACCACUGGGGCCCGGGUGUGAUUGUGUUGUCCAUCAUCCUCUACGUCACAGUGGUCACCAUGCUGAUGCUCAUCUUCUUCUGGAAGACUCUCAAGAAGAGAAAGAAGAGAAAGACGGUCAAGUUUGCUGCGGAUGUGUAACUUUUUAGUUGAUACUUGCUUUAUUUUUCCGUUUUCUCAAAGUGAUAAUAAUAGUA